UUCCAUGCUCUGAUCAAAUCAAACGAGAAUCUUACCUUGUCACGUGAAUCUGAAGAAGUUAAUGUCACCAGAUUAUUGGACUUAAUUUCAAGGCGCCAAUUAAGGUUACCCAUCGCGAACUUUUGCCCCGCUAAGAUUUUCCUCCACAAAUCGAAAUAUUCAACGAAUUCAGCGUUGUAGAUUUGAACCUUUCCUGCCUUUCAUAUCUCAACGUCAAUCUUUCGCCGCAAUCAUGGCGCCCAUUUCACUCUCAGAUAUCAUCUCUGCGCUCCCAUCAGAGGACUCAUGGGGACCAACAACCACGUCAGAAACCACAUUAAAUGGAGUUCCUUACGCCCCAUACUCUAAAGGUGAUAAAUUAGGUCGCAUGGCAGAUUGGACAGCUGAAGGGAAAGAUGGAAGAGAUGGCAGAGGUGGGAGACAACAGUACAAUCGAAACUACAGAGGUGCGAUCUAUACCUCAAAUCUAUCUACUAUUUAUUUGCCAUUUAUUCGACAUUUAGUUUGGAAAUCUAGGUUGAUCUGGUUUCUUUGUGCUAAUAUAUUUUUAUGCAAUUAGAUCAACAAGUUUACGGCGCUGGAACUUCCUCAUUAUUCGCAGUCCAACUCGCUGAGGACGAAUCUACCUUCUCUGUUGUCAGCAACACCCGCGAUUCUACCAAGACACGCUUCGGUCGUGGAGGAACUUUCACUCGAGGACGUGGACAACGUGGUGGAAGGGCUGAUACCCGUGGUGGCAGAGGUCAAUUUCAGCGAGUUGGAGGACGAGGUGGACAGCAAGGUUACGGCAGCUACGAUACCCGUGGUGGAAGAGGUGGUGCUCGAGGUGGAAGAAAGUUCGGCUGGAAAGAUUACGACAAGCCACAAAGGAAUCGCGAUGCCUCUGUUAACAUUAAGCCUGACUGGAAGAUGUUGGAGGAGAUUGAUUUCAACCGUCUGGCUAAGCUUAACCUCGACACAGAUGAUGGAGAAGAUCUUGAUAGCUAUGGUUUCCUUUACUACUACGAUCGAACAUUCGACAAGCAACCUGUCAAGGCUGCCGAAAGAAAGCUCAACGUGGUCGACCGCGCUUCGUACAACGUUACUACGUCUUCAGAUCCUGUCAUUCAAGAACUUGCCGAGAAGGAUGAGGCUACAAUUUUUGCAACGGACAGCAUUCUCUCCAUGCUUAUGUGCUCUCCUCGAUCAGUCUACCCUUGGGAUAUCGUCAUCGUUCGACAAGGCAACAAGGUCUUCCUCGACAAAAGAGACAAUGCGACGCUCGAUAUGGUUACCGUUAACGAAAAUGCUGCUGAUGCUCCAAUGGAUGCUUCGGAGGGUAGCAAGGACGCUAUUAACCAGCCAAGUGCUUUGGCCGAGGAAGCUACAUACAUCAACCACAAUUUCGCAAACCAAGUCAUGAAGGAGAGUGAUAGUCAAAAGGUAGAAAUGGAGCACGAGAAUCCAUUCUACAACCCCUCGGAGGAGACAGACCCACCUGCAAGCAAAGCAUACAAAUACCGUAAAUUCGAUCUUUCUUUGAACGACGAAGAUCCAGUUCACCUGGUUGUACGAACUGAGAUUGAUGCCGUUGCAAAGAACGCCAUCAGUGGAGAAGAUCAAUACUUGACUGUCAAGGCUCUUAACGAGUUUGACUCCAAAGCACAAGGAAGUGGAGGUGCAUUGGAUUGGAGGACAAAGUUGGUCAGUCAACGUGGUGCCGUUGUUGCAACUGAGAUGAAGAACAACAGCUGCAAGCUUGCAAGAUGGACAGUCCAGAGUAUCAUCGCUAAGGCUGAUGUUAUGAAACUUGGGUACGGUUUUGUUUCUUUCUUGGUCCUUAUUUGAUACUAAUUCUCGAUAGAUUUGUUUCUCGUGCAAACCCAAAGCUCAAUGAUCGUCAUGUAAUUCUCGGAGUCAUUGGAUGGAAGCCACGUGAUUUUGCCUCGCAAAUGAACUUAUCUCUAUCCAACGGUUGGGGUAUUGUUCGUACCAUUGUCGAUAUGUGCUUGAAGCGUGAGGAAGGCAAGUACGUACUUGUUAAAGAUCCAAACAAGCCAAUCUUGAGACUGUACCAAGUUCCAGCUGGCAGUUUUGAGGAUGAUGGUGAAGGUGAUGUAAUCGAGGAGAAUGUUGAGGAAGAAGAUUAGAGUUGCAACACAAAAGCAUCCAGCGUUCAAUGGUUAUGGGCUGGGCUGAGCUGAGCCUCAUGGAGUUAUGAUAAUGCGCGUGCAAACGUAGAUGACCAAUCAAAUAUGUUAUUUUUGAUAAGUUUGGGAUAGCCCCCCUGUUUUGUUUUGCAUACCUACAUACCUAGGUAUACAUGUACUCCAUACUUGAGUAUGAGAAAACAUUUUCUCAUUCGGGAUACUCGGAUCAAAAUGGAUCGGCUCCCCUUUUGUUACGUUGUCUAUUCGGCUAGACCAAGUGUAGUAACUGGGGACAACAAUCAGAUUGAUUAUUGGUUCAUUAUAUAAUUUAUAACGCAUUCUUGUACACACCGCGACACAUUGCGUAUCCAUUAAGAUAAUUAUAUUCACAUAAUUUGGACGUCAACGAGUUCAUC